CCACUAAACGAGGAUGUAUAUGUACCUUUGGUCUUUUUAAGUCUUUCACCAUUUUUAUUUUCCACAUUCUGUCUCCACUCUUUUUCUCUGUCAUUGGUACUUUCGAAUUUAGAUUUUUUUUUUUUUUUGCUGAUUUCUCUCUGAUUGAACACUCCAAGAUGAUUGACGAUCAAACUCUGGGAUUUUUCGCGAAUGCUGUUGGAAUAGGCAUGUUCCUGCUUGUCAUUGCUUACCAUUACGUAGUUGGUGACCCUAGAUAUGAAGGCAACUGAAGAAAUAUGUAAUUUUUAGAGGCGUUUCUUUUUCUUUACCAAAUGCAAGUAUGAUCUGUUAUUAUAGAUUCUAAUGAUAAUGUACUGCUACUGCGUGAUCGUAUUUUGACGCAGUAACCUCUCAUAGGAGUUUUUUUUUUUAUUUUUUUUAUUUUUUUAUUUUUUUUUAUUUUUACAGAGAUACUAAUAGAUAGUGAUGCUAUUUCUGAUACUUUUUUCAUGUAGAACUAAAUAGUCUUUUCCUUCAAUGGUUGAGCUAAUUUUAAACACAUAUUUGAGAGACAAUUUCUCCGAGAAAAAGUUUACAUAUAUGGGUUAAAUAGUCUAAAUGUCCAAUUAAUACAACUUAAAGAGGAAAUAAGAAUGUGAGUUUCAUGUUUUGUGAUUGUCUCUUUAAAAAACGGUCUCUUACAAGAGUAGCUGAAUUUUAAAUGGUCCUUUGUUACUCCUUACCACAUGUUCGGAUGUGAAAACGUGCACUUUGGAAUAUAAUUCCCACAUUUUUUUUAUUUUUUUUUAUUAAAAAACGUUUAGUUUUUCAAAUUUUCAAAAACAUAAUAUACCAUUCAUUUGACUAGAGCUAAUUUUAGGCACGUAUAAAGAUGUUAACUGCUAAGAGUGUGCAGAUUUCUGU